AUGGCUAAUAUUGACUUGCCAUUGGCUAUAUCGUUAAUUCGGUAUAAGAGAAGGAUGGGCUAUGUCCAAUCUGUCGAUUGUAUGUUGUUUUGAUGGGAUUUUUCUACGGAUAAUUGCUAACCGCCAGAUAUUAUACGUAAUAUCAUCCUAAAGAAGAAAAGACAGGAGCUUAAACCAAAUGGAAAGGAGCUUAGAUUUGUAUUAGAUUUACUUAAUAUUGACUACUCGAUUAAUACAAAUAAAGCAUUUAUAGAUUCGAUAAAUGUUGAUGAUCUUGUAGCGAGAGAAUACACUUCCAGAGAAAUACGAGAAUUGAUUUUGGCUUUUAAAUAUUUGAUUAAAUGGGACAGUCUGGUUAAGAACUUAUAUUUGGCUAAAUUGAUUAGUCAAAUUCUUCAGAAUAUACCAGAGUCGUUACUCCGCAAGUUGAGGUCUUGUCGCAGUCGGAGUGCUCUUAGCUGGAGUUAUAUAUUUAUUGAAUUGGAUGAAUGUUUGUUAGUAAUAGUUGCAUAUGAAGCCAGAGAGAGUAGAAGUUUACAAUACAAAUAUGAGCUUGUUGUUGAUGUGUAUAAAGCAUUAUUUCAAAAAAUGCAAGCAAUGGGGAUUUCUCUCGACAAGUUUGUCAACGAAUUCGUAUUGAAUAUCGGCAAGUUAGUUAUCCUAACAAAAACCGAUUUUAAUCUUGAUAAUUGCAAGCCAAAUUACACUAGGACUAUAAAUGAUAUAGUGGAUGAAACGUUUACUAUGAAAUAUCUAAAGUGGAAUCGACUAAGCGUUGAUUAUAAGAAGUUUAGAUAUUUAAUGACUAUCAUUGAUCGUAGAUUAGUAAAAUAUCUAAUCUUAGCAUACUUACAAUUAGUGAAAGAACUUUCCAUUUGUAGUCCCAAUCGAAAAUAUUUGCUUACCUUCUUGUUAAUAUUUAA